GACGCUAAUAAUGAUUGGCUAUGCCCAGCCACAGUGCCCUACCUUGUUAUUGCACCGGCGAGUAUCGCUUUGUUGAUUUCGCUAGGGUAUAUACUCGGUCCAUCGAUUGAACAAUGGAGACCCCAAUGGACGCGUUCGUUCGUCUCAGAGUGUGAUGAAAAACCCGAUAUUCCUUUCGAAGGGCCGAUGCCAUCUCUCCAAUGGACCAUCGCUCUUCUCGUCUUUUCAGCCAUCGGUCUAUGCGGCGAAAUUGUGCAAUGCUUCCCUCGUGUCGAUCUUCCAUUGCUGGUGCUUGUCGCUGCCAAAAUAUCUAUUUGUUUCCUCAUCGCCGCCAAACGACCAAGAACUUGUUCUAUCGGGAUGCUAGCAUAUUUUGCUUUGACUUUUAUUGUCGAGAUGAUACUCGCAUCACAAAAUGAUAUUCCUACGAAAGUACAAGUGGUUGCGUGUUACGUCUCUGCCAUGGCAGCGUUGGCGGGUUGUUAUACAAUUUUGCUAAUGCCAUUUCGAGAGGCAUCCCUUCCAAUAUCCGGAAUCAGCCCUGUGGGACAAGCACCAUCUAGCGAGCUCCGCAGUCCAGAAGAUAACCUCCGACUCUGGCAAUUUCUCUCUGUCUCGUGGAUGGCACCUAUCAUGUCUCUUGCCCGGAAAAGACAGCUGAAUGAAUCCGAUGUGUGGUCUCUUGGGUUUGAAUUUCAGCAUAAGCGCCUUCAUGAAAAAUUUCGCCGCAUGGGAGGAUCCGUCCUAGCUCGGGCACUGAAGGCAAAUUUUCUGGACCUUAUCAUCAUCUCCACUAUUACCAUCGUCCAACUUAUAUGCUCCUUUUCCACCCCGGUUCUACUCCGGCUGCUGCUGCAGGCUAUGCAAGAUACAACUAAGCCCAAGCGUGUACCAUUGACCUACGCAUUCUUUGGGCUGAUAGCUCGACUGAUUCAAACGCAAGUUCAAGUUCUGAGCUUCUGGUACGGUCGACGCUGCUAUGAAAGAUCUAGGGGCGAAAUGAUCAUGAUGGUCUACGGGAAGGCACUAUCACGAAAGAACAUUCUCGGCCUAAGAAUGGAAAAAGACGAUACGCUUGCCGAAGAAGAGAUAGUUGAAACUGAUAUACUCGAUCAAACCGAAUCCGCACCACCGAAGCCUACUAUUUGGAGUCGAUUGAAGGGGAAGAAGCGUGAAGCUAAGCCCACCAAGGCCAAGGAGUCUGCUUCGCUGGGCAAAAUUUUUAAUCUUCUACGAGGAGAUGUUUAUCAAGUGGCUCAACGAUUCUGGGAGAUUGGCGAUUUCAUAGAUGCCCCCCUCGGUUUGUUCAUCGCUUUUUACCUUGUGAUUUCCCUCUUUGGGGCAUCCUGCUUAAUAGGCAUUUUGACCAUCGUGGUUGGCCAAGGCAUCGAUUUAGUCAUCACACGGUAUAUGUUCAAAUGGGAGAAAAAGGAACGAGCGGCAACCGAUGGCAGGCUGCAAAUUUCAUCGCAAUUUGUGGAAGCAAUCCGCCAUCUGCGAUGGUAUGGCUGGCAGAAUCACUGGCUUCGUCAAGUCAUGGAAGCCCGACAGCAUGAAAUGAAUCUGAGAAUCAUUACUAGUCUUUUGAACGUUCUAACCCGCCUUUUUAAUGGCCUUUCUGGUGGUCUAUUUCCAGUCCUCGCUUUGUAUGGCUGGACAAUGCUUGCAGGCAAGGAGCUCAGCGUUGGUGUAAUAUUUUCGGGCCUUCAGCUUUUCUCGAUGCUGGAGUCGCGUUUGCGCGUUUUACCUACGUUCAUCACAAUGAUGAUAAACGCCUACAUUGCCCUAGGACGAAUUGAGGAUUUCAUGGCGGAGCCGGAUAAAGAAAAUUUUCCAUUUGAUGGCCAAGCGGUUGACGCAAAAUUUGAGAUGCAAUCAUGCUCCUUUGCAUGGCCGGGAAAAUUGUCACCGGUGCUCAAUGAUAUCAGCGUGACAAUUCCCCAAGGCCUCACGGUUCUUGUUGGAAAAGUGGGAGCAGGAAAGACUGCCUUCCUCCAAGCUGUCUUAGGCGAACUAGACCUGCUCAGCGGAACAUCUCAAAUUCCAAACGGAAUGAUAGGUUACUGUGCACAGACACCAUGGCUGCAAAGUAUGAGUAUCCGUGACAAUAUCCUCUUCUCGGCCCCCUAUGACGAAACACGAUACAAACAGACAUUGGAGGCUUGCGCUCUGCUUCCAGAUCUUUCACAGUUCAAACAUGGCGACCUGACCUUUGUGGGUGAAAACGGAGUCGGCCUUUCUGGAGGGCAAAAAGCACGUGUUGCUCUGGCUCGCGCUGUCUAUAGCAGAUCAGAAGUGUUACUGCUGGACGAUCCAUUAUCGGCUUUGGAUCACAACACGGCCGAGUUCGUGGUGCAGAAGUGCCUGUCCGGUCCCUUGGUGCACCGUCGUACAGUCGUUCUUGCGACUCAUCGGAUUGCACUCGUUCAAGGGAUUGCUGAACAAAUCAUUGACAUUACUGACGGAAGAACUACAGUUCAAGAUAAAAUCUCGAUCGCUAAUUCGAUGGACAAGGAUGCUACCGUGAAUAACAUCCUAUUCCAUGACUCCGAAACCGAGGUCGAGGAGGCCAAUUCUGAAGAUCAAGCGAAGGCUGUUCCAGACAAAUUCAUGGAAGAGGAGUACCGUGCAGAAUGGGGCGUUCAAGCCCGAGUUUACUGGACUUAUGUUAAGGCUGGUAAAUAUCGGUGGUGGAUUGCCCUCGUUUUCGUAUUGAUCAUUUACCGAAUGAUUGAUGUUGGCGAAUCAUGGUUCCUCAAGGGAUGGGGCGAGGCCUACGAUCGGACUGCACCUCUUAAUGAGAAUUUCCAUAGCGACUACUUGAUGGUAAUCAGGUCGAAUCCCGGUGCAUCCUUUCUCCCCCAAGAUCCAACAGAUCGCUUACCCUCUCCUCGCGAUGAUGUACGUCCGUGGCUAUGGGCCUUUUGUGCCAUAGUCGCAUUACAAGCAGUCGCUCUUCUAGUCUCACAGCUUUUGAUGCUGGUCAUUGUCUACUACGCUGGGAAAACACUGUUUCGACAGGUUAUGGUUCGAGUCAGCCAUGCAACCUUCCGAUUCUUUGAUGUUACCCCUGUCGGACGCCUCAUGAAUCGCCUUACGUCCGACAUAGGGGUGAUUGAUGGAAAUAUCAGUGAGCAAUUCCAGCAAAUUGCUUUUCAAGCCAUCACCUGGAUCUCCUCACUGCUAGUAAUUGCUAGCUCGACCCCGGCGUUCCUUGUAUUUUCGCUGGUUCUUACUACCAGCUUUUUGUUCUUCUUCCUGCAGUUUCUGCCAGCAUCUCAAAGCCUUAGAAGACUCGAAAUGGUAUCUCUAAGUCCACUUCUCUCCAACUUUGGAGAGCUUCUCCAUGGGUUGACGACAGUCCGCGCCUUUCGUGCUGAGGAGCGGUUCCAAAGUCGCGUCAUAUCGGUUGUUGACAAAUUCCAAGGCAUGGACCACUUCUAUUGGUCUCUCCAAGCCUGGCUCAUGUGUCGCUUUGGAGUUCUAUCGGAUUGCUCAACUUUCCUUCUUACUGCCUUGGCAUUGUACACAGACACAACACCCGGAAUGACUGCAUUUGUGCUGAUAGCAGCAAGUGGAUUUGUAACCUCGACGCACAACAUAUGCCAUCAGUAUGGCCAGCUGCAGAUGGACUUUGUCUCUGUAGAAAGGAUUGAUGAGCUGCUUCAUAUCGAAGAAGAGCCCUCUGGAAGCAUCCAACCGCCGGCUCAAUGGCCUCAUUAUCAGAGCGAUAUCAUCUUCGAAGGCGUCACCUUGCGGUACGCACCACACCUCGAUCCAUCUCUGACCGACAUAUCUCUCCGAAUCCCAGGAGGAUCCACAACGGCUAUCGUCGGCCGUACGGGCAGCGGCAAGUCUACGUUGGCGGUUUCUCUGCUCAACGUCAUCAGGCCGGAGACCGGCUGUAUCAAGAUUGACGGUAUUGAUAUCGCAGACGUGAGCACUCAGGCGCUUCGAACUAGAGUGACCUUCGUCGCUCAAGAGCCUGUGCUUUUCCCAGGAAGUAUUCGUCUUAAUCUCGACCCAACCGAAGAGUUUACAGACGAGCAGUGUGCCGAGGUCCUAGAUCGCAUCUGCAGUCGGCAUGGCUGGGGGCUUGAUACUCACAUUGAAGCUGGAGGUCAUAAUCUUAGCCAAGGACAGCGCCAACUGAUUGCUCUGACGAGGGCUGUACUGCGAAGAAGUCCUGUUGUUAUUCUGGAUGAAGCCACGGCAUCAAUCGACCACGAAACUUCCCUUGAAAUGCAGCAAAUCAUCCGUGAAGAGCUCAAAUUGUCUACUGUCAUUACCAUUGCUCACCGGGUGGAAGCUGUGAAAGAUGCAGACUAUUGUGUGGUCCUAGAACAGGGUCGGGUGAUUCGACAAGGCCCCGUUGAAAGGGGACAGUAA